CACAGACUGGGUUGAGCAGGCUUGAAGGUAGCCAUAAAGGGACAAAGUAAAUCAAUUAACUCCAUGGUUUUCAUACAAGUCUCUUGAUAUCAAAACUUCUUUCUUUACUCGCUUCCUGCAGAGAUGAAAAUUGACAUCCAUAGUCAUAUUCUACCGAAAGAAUGGCCAGAUCUAAAAAAGAGAUUCGGCUACGGAGGCUGGGUACAACUCCAACACCACAGCAAGGGAGAAGCAAAGAUGCUGAAAGAUGGGAAGGUCUUCAGAGUAAUCCAAGAGAACUGCUGGGAUCCAGAAGUCCGUAUUAGAGAAAUGGACCAAGCAGGAGUGACCGUGCAAGCCCUUUCCACGGUUCCCGUCAUGUUUAGCUACUGGGCCAAACCUCAGGACACUUUAGACCUGUGCCAGCUUUUAAACAACGACCUAGCUGCCACAGUGGCAAGCCACCCCAGGAGGUUCGUGGGUCUGGGGACGUUGCCCAUGCAGGCCCCAGAGCUGGCUGUGAAGGAGAUGGAGCGCUGUGUGAACGAGCUGGGCUUCCCGGGGUUCCAGAUCGGCUCCCACAUCAAUGCGUGGGACCUGAACGCCAAGGAACUCUUCCCUGUUUAUGCAGCGGCUGAAAAGCUGAACUGCUCCCUAUUCGUGCACCCCUGGGACAUGCAGAUUGAUGGACGGAUGGCGAAAUAUUGGCUUCCUUGGCUUGUAGGAAUGCCAGCAGAGACCACCACAGCCAUUUGCUCCAUGAUCAUGGGUGGAGUGUUCGAGAGGUUUCCUAAGCUGAAAGUAUGUUUUGCACAUGGAGGUGGGGCCUUCCCCUUCACAGUAGGAAGAAUCUCUCAUGGAUUCAGUGUGCGUCCAGAUCUGUGUGCCCAAGACAAUCCAGUCAACCCAAAGAAAUACCUUGGCUCCUUUUAUACAGACUCUUUGGUCCAUGAUCCUCUGGCCCUCAAGCUGUUGACAGAUGUCAUAGGAAAGGAUAAAGUCAUUUUGGGAACCGAUUACCCCUUUCCACUAGGUGAGCUAGAACCUGGAAAAUUGAUAGAAUCCAUGGAAGAAUUUGAUGCAGAAACAAAGGAUAAACUCAAAGCUGGCAAUGCCCUAGCAUUUUUGGGUCUUAAGAGAAAACAAUUUGAAUGACUGAAUUUACUACAGAGGCAACCAUUCAAGAAGAUAUUUUAUUUUUGCUUUUAAAUAUGUAUCACACGUACAUUACCAAAAUCCUAUUUUGAACUACUUUAUCCAGAAAUAGAAUAUCCCUGAGUAUCCUAAAUUAUUCAUAACAAAAAUGACUCACAUGUGUUUUCACUCUGAAAAGCAGGACAUUAUGUCAUGUGUAAAUCAAAACUAAUUUUCUUUUAAAAUUAAUGGCAGAAGUAAAAAGCAAAAUGUCAUUAAUGCUUUUUAUGGAGAAAGACCCAAACAAGAUUCAUCCUAGAGGGCUCAAGUACAUUCUCCACUUUGGUCAAGAAAACGAGUAUGUGACUAGGGCCCCAAUGACCUGAUUUUACUAUUUCAAACACCUUCCAGUAGCCCAGAGCUGGGUUGGGAAUGCUUUAGAUUCCACAAAAUAAAUGAUGUACAUAUUCUAUAACCUCUAGGAGUUUAUAGUCCAAAUAAGGAGGCAAGACAUAUGUCCAUGUAAUAAUUUCUAAGCAAUACAACAUGAAUAUCACAGAAGUUUCAGUAAGAAAAAUUCAUCUGGACCCAAAGCUGUUGGAAAGAUCUUCACAGAAACUGAAACUUGGGCUGAGUCCAGAAGAAUGGAUAAGGCUUAUUUGAGUUGGAGAUGGUGAAUAUAUAGGAAGGCAAAACUAUGGGAACAUAAGUUUCGGACUGAAUGAGCGCUUAUCUAUUCUGGGGAAAACUUCCAGUCUAUAAUUUACUUUGACCAGAAACUCCUUUAAUUUAAAGUGCUGAGCAGAAUGUGUAAAGCUAGCUGUGGAGAUUGAGCAGGGCAAUACCAAGGCAGCCUGGUCUACUCACUUCAUUAACUCACUUCAUUAAUGGUCCCACCUGGACUGCUGAAAAUGAACUUGGUCCUGAGAGGGGGUGAUGACCAUCUGUGGCUCAUGUACCUCUAGCUGAAUUCCAAAGUCAAAUAUCAUUUUUCAAAAGUACCCUCUUGCCUUAGAUUCAUUAAUAUUUCUUUUCCCUUCUAUUAGCCCAGAAAAAUCAAGAGUUGAGUAUUGGCAUAUAAUUUGUACUAAUGUAAUUUUUGCUAAAUUACACCCAUCCCAUUAUUUUCACUUUAUUUAGCUCAUUACUCGGUCUCUUUCUUGCUUCUCCUGUUGCUUUCUAGAACUUUACCCACCCACCACUCUGCUUAUUACUCCAAUCUACCUAAAAAGAAAAACAGAGCUGAACAAAAUAGCAAUAUAUUCACAGAGUGGUUAUAUGAUGUGCCAGGGCUGUAAGACUGUUCCAGGCACGGGGGAUAUAGAAGUAAAUAAAAAGGAUAAAAUUCCUUCUCUGAUGAAGCCUACAAUCUGGAGGGUCAGAAAUGUAAAUAAAUGAGGGAGGGAAGAAAAAGAAAGGAGGGAUUGAGAGGAGGGAAGGAGGAAGGAAAUUGUUAUUAUGCUGAUAAGAAAUUGCUAUGAAGAAAUUAAAAACAGGUAAAUGUAUAAAGAGUGACUAGGGGAAGGAUGGGGAAUAAAACAUUAAAUUGUGGGGCCAGAAAAAGCCUCCUUAAAGAGAACUUUGACCUAAUACUUGAAUGACAGAAAAGUCAUACUUAGCCCCUCUCUACACCCAGAUUAAAGAAGUCUUUACUCAUCUUUUCUUCUAGUACUGCAUAGUUUAAUUUUCUUAUAGUUAAAUGUUUGAUCCAAUCGAUGUUGGAGUUAUCCUUAUGUAUGAUAUGGGAAAUGAAUCUAAUUUUAUUGUAGCAUUAUUUGUUAUUGCAAAAUAUUGGAAAUUAUACGUAUUGUCCAAAUGUA